UUUUGUUGAAGAUAAAAGCAACUAAUUAAUUUUGAGCUUGUAUUUGUGUAUUGGCAUCCUUGUCGUUGUCUUUGUGCAGGUGGAGGAAUAGGAAAUGGUGGUGGAAGGAAAUAAGUGUUUGGAAUCAGCAUUUCUUUCUAAAACAACGCAGAAUAAUAACACGUGAGGAUAUAUGCAAAAGAGGUCAAAAGAUUUGGGCUACGGUGUUGGUGUCACAAAGAGAUACUUGAACGGUUGCGAAGAAUCCCGUGCACGAUUAUCGAUUUUAUGGAGGGCGAUUCGCCUUUGUUCCGGCCGGCGUCCUAGCCGUCAGCUGUUUCGCUUACCUUGUCGUGCUCAAGGGCCGUCGUCGUCGUCGCCACUUCCUCGUUCUUAAGACAUUGGUGUUUGGCGGCGAACCUCGCGCACAUGUCGUGGAAACAGCCGAAGCAAUCUGAGGAACAGAACGAACCGCACAUGCAGCAGCAGGACAUUUCGCAAGAGCACAUCAGACGAUGGAACGAGACGAUGCGAGCGCAAAAGCCGGUGCCAGGGCCGUCGACGUCGACGUCGGCGGCGGCCUCCUUCUUGCCGGCCAUCACGUUCAACGCGCUCAACGUGCUGUUUAUCUCGCACACCAUGAAGCUAUCGAGAUCGACUUCAGAGCCCGGACGACUGACCCCUCGCAACAUGUAAUUCUCUUUGUCGAUGUUGACCAGCGGCAGGAGUGCGGAGUGCUUGCAGUCCGGCACCUUCAAGCGCCGGUACAUUUUACUGCUGUCAGAGGAGUCGCCCGUUGCACUGCCCUCCUGGGUUUCACGUUCCGAAACGCUCAUCUUGUCAUGUUACCACCGUUUGCGAAUUUUAUCGCUUUUUAAGACAACACUUACUCACGACUGCCUCGACGAAACUAGCCAGUUCUUAUUCAGAAACGUUAAUUCAACGCGCAAACGCAACAUUCGGUUUCGGCGCAAGUCCCCCUUUAGCCCCGCAAAUAAAAGUACAGCGGCACCGCCAGUGGCGCUGCUAUCAAAC